GAAUCGAACGCGCGUGAGCGUGGGUCGUCUUCGCAUGGGCACCAUCUGACGGCCGCGGGAGCGCGGUGCCGACGACUCCGCUUCCGCUCCCGGGCGGCGGCGGUGUCCACGCGGCGCGCCCCGGUUGGGCCGGCGUCCUUGGCGUUUGUUAGCUCUGUUCCGGCACAAGGCUCCCCGAGAUUCCGCGCACACAUGAGUGAGGGUGAGGCCGGAAUCCGCCUCGGGCUUCGCCGAAAUCCUACGCUACCUUCUCCUCCUCGCCCCGGCCCCGAGCGCACCAGAUUCACACCGCGCCGUGCGGCAGGCAGCUUGCCUCUAGCUAGCCGCAAGCUGCAGCGGACGUGCGUGCGUGUGCCUGCGCGAGCUGCUUGCUAGCUAGUUGCAGCUCGAGCUGCUAGCUGUUUCUCGCGCGGCGAACCACCAGCUGCGCGGUGAUCGACAAGCCGGCCCCGGCCGCGGGGAGAUAGCUAGGAGGCCGAGGGACAUCACACAAGCAGGCAGGCCACGCGAUCGAUGAGCAUGUUCGAGGGGAUGGAGAGGGCCGGGUACGGCGGCGCUGGGCCGAUGGGCGGGGUGGUGCUGUCGCGGGACCCCAAGCCGCGGCUGCGGUGGACGCCCGACCUGCACGAGCGCUUCGUCGAGGCCGUCACCAAGCUCGGCGGGCCCGACAAGGCGACGCCCAAGUCAGUGCUGAGGCUGAUGGGAAUGAAAGGGCUCACUUUGUACCACUUGAAGAGUCACCUCCAGAAAUACAGGCUUGGAAAGCAGAGCAAGAAAGACACAGGUUUGGAAGCCAGCAGAGGGGCAUUCGCGGCGCAGGGCAUCAAUUUCUCCACACCAGUACCUCCUAGCAUUCCAUCUACGGCCAGUAACAAUACGGGAGAAACGCCACUUGCGGAUGCGCUGAAGUACCAAAUUGAAGUCCAAAGGAAACUGCACGAACAGCUCGAGGUUCAGAAGAAGCUGCAAAUGCGGAUCGAGGCGCAAGGCAAAUAUCUGCAGACGAUACUCGAGAAAGCCCAGAGCAACCUCUCCUACGACGCAACCGGAGGCGCAAAUCUAGAAGCAACCAGGUCACAGCUGACGGACUUCAACCUCGCGCUCUCAGGGUUCAUGGACAACGUGACCCAAGUGUGCGAGCAGAAAAAUGGCGAGCUGGCGAAAGCCAUGUCCGAGGACGGCCUCAGAGCGAGCAAUAAUCUUGGAUUUCAGCUGUACCACCAUGGAGUUCAGGACAGGGACGAUGUCAAGUGCGCGACGGAUGAAGGGCUGCUGCUGCUGGACCUGAACAUUAGAGGAGGGUACGAUCACCGGGCUUCGGCGGAUCUGAAGAUGAAUCAGCACAUGAGGUAAAACAGUUCAGUAGAAAGGCGACGGCUAUAGUUUAACCUAAGGGUUGCCCUUGUGUUUGUGAGAAAUUCUUUCGGCCAUCCUGGUCCCUGAGGAUGCUUUGUUUACGGUGAUGGCCAGCAUAUUGCUAAUGUAAAAUUUGGUGAGAGGCUCCGAAUAAGCGUAGCUAAUCUUAUACAAGAUCUUUAUACUUCUAUUUCAGGCAUCUAUACAACAGUGUUAAAAUGA